AUGGAGCACUCGGAGGAUAGCCUACGUCGUUGCCGACCUUUAGAGCAGUACUCUGCAUUCCGCAGUCAUCUGGGCAUAUAUCUCAAUGUCUGCGUGACGGCCAUCUACCGGAGGGAAGAUGAGGAACCCCUAAAGCCAGCGUUGUUUCGUGCCCUUGCCGCGGUAAUUGAAAAGCAUCCGAUCCUCUCAGCUGUUCCGGUGGAUAUCCCAACGGGGCCUCGAUUCGCCCGUUUAAAUCAGAUUGACUUAGACCAAGUGGUCAGUUUUUCUGAGGUCCAAGGAUGUACGAGCAGUAAAGUCGCCCUGGAUCAGAUACUGGAAGACCAGCAUAACCGCCCUUUUCAACAUCGCUCACGGACCCCAUUCUGGAGGGUGUGCGUCUUGGAAGACUGGAGUGAUAAUACUGGGUUCGUUCUGUGUUUCUGUUUUCAUCAUGCAUUGGCAGACACAAAGAGUGCUCUUGUCUUUCACGAAGACCUGGAGAACGAACUAUCCAAGUUAGGAGACGGCGCGUUCGUCACAGUCGUCGCGGCAUCCCAAGCCCCUCUAUUACCCAAUAUAGAAGCCAUCCACAACUUGUCAGUCUCACCGGGAUACCUUGCCAGCCAGCAGCAGGAUAGCCCCAAUAUUCCGGAGAAUUGGAGUGGGGCUCCGCAGAACCUGCCAGUUCGCACGAGGGUCUCCUCCAUGUGGAUCCCCUCGGCGACAUUAGCGGAUUUGAAGCAACAGUGCAAGGACCAAAGAACUACUAUCACGGCUUUGCUGAUGUCGCUGAUCGCAAGGUCUUUCCUCCAUGCCCUACCGGAAGAGUAUACGAGUAUAAAAGGGGAUUCUGCCAUGUCUCUGCGCCACUUCUUACCCUUGCCGAUCACCAGUCAUUCGAUGGGCUGCUACAUCGGAACGUUCAAUGAGCAAUACAGAAGAACCUCGGAGUCAGUCUGGCAGGACGCCAGACGGACAAAGAUGACUAUCGACCGGGCCGUUGAGGGACAGGGUGCCGAUAUGCCCCUUGGCUAUCUAGGUCAUGUUCCGAACAUGGCUCAAUGGUUUCUCGACAAGAUCGGAAAACCGCGAGCCGCGGGAUUCGAAUUGAGUAAUGUGGGAUUCCUGCAGAGUGAAAGAAGUUUUCAUCGAUAUGGCAUCCAAAGCCUGGUAUUCAGUCAAAGUGCCGGUGCCUGUUCAGCCGCCGUCAAGAUCAGCGCGGUGACGGGACGGGACGGGAGAAUGGGGUUGGCGUUUUCGUGGCAAGAGGGUGUGGUGGCAGAUCACACGGUGCACGAGGUAAUGCAGACAUUGGAGAGACAGGUGGAGGAGAUGGUCAAGAGUAUGGAGUAG